CCAAAUUAAACUCAAAUUAGCUUUCUGAACGAUCCUCUACAUAACGCCAUCAAAUCUUCUUCUUCUUCUCUUUCUCUUUCGCUUCCAACAAAGUAUGGCCCUUUAUCGUAUCUUCAUCUCAAUCGUCUUCUUCUCUCUCACCUUCUCUACUCCAACUACCUUUUCCCUCAACGAACCCGACCCGGAUUCGAUUUCUACCGUUUAUGAACUCCUCCCAAAGUAUGGUCUCCCAAGCGGUCUCCUACCGGACAACGUCACCAAUUUCACCCUCGCCGCUGAUGGCCGAUUCGUUGUCCACUUGCCCGAUUCCUGUGAAAUUGAAUUUGACUACCUCGUUCACUACGACACGACCAUCUCUGGCCGUAUCGGUUACGGCUCGAUUACUGAGCUCAAGGGUAUUCAGGUGAGGAAGUUCUUCAUUUGGCUCGAUGUCGAUGAAAUCAAGGUUGAUCUCCCACCUUCUGAUUCCAUCUACUUCAAAGUUGGGUUUAUCAACAAGAAGCUCGAUAUUGACCAGUUUAAGACUAUACAUUCGUGCCACGAUAAUGGUGUCUCUGGCUCUUGUGGUGAUUCCUGGAAGAUUUUUCUUGAGAAAGGGAAGCUUCAAGGAAUGAUGGAUGAAGCGGAAAUGCUAAUCACCGAGUAAAUACUCUCUGCCAUCAGUCUGCGACAAUACGCGGAUGGAGAUGAGUCUCAAGUCAAGUUUGUACAUAUACAUACAAUAACUAGACAAGUCUUUCUAUAAGACUUGGUAUGAAAUGUUGAAUAUACGCAAUAUGUAAGUCUUGUUAAAACUGGGUUCCACGAAAAUGUUGUAUCUUAUGACUAAAUGUUUCUGAGUUCGUUCCUUACCA